ACAUUUAGAAAAGUUGGGGACCAAAUCGGACCCAAUCCUUAUCGGCGCCGUACUAGAACAGUGGACACCAUUGGUAGCGCGCCAGCAGAAUCUCUCUAUUCUUGUUUUCAUUUCUCGGUGGCCGGCGAAGUCUGCUAUUUUUCGUCUCUGCAAAGUCUAGCGAAUUGAAGCAGCGCGUUUUCUCUAAUAAAUAGGAGAUAUGCUCGCCAUAGCUCCUUCAAACUUUAAAUUUAGCGGGAAGGUACCCUGCGCGUUUCCCCUGUUCGAGGACUUCACCUCUUGCUUUUGCUCGUCUGGACAUGGAAAAGAAUGCCGCAGUCGGCGGCGCGCCUUCAUGAGGCAGAGCAGUAUGAAAUGGCCCAAGGCUAGGGCUGCGGUUGUGGUGUCCGCGGGAUAUACACGAACGCCCAUGGGAACUGCUGGGGCUUAUCAAAUUAUUGACUCCGACACCGGGGAAAAGUUCAUUAUUUGGGGUGGAAUUGGCGAAGGCGAUGACUCUCGGAUUCCUCCCAAGGAGGUUCUUUCUUGGAAACCCAACGACAACGAAAGCAUCAGUGGUGGGACUGACACAAUCGGAGUUUCCGCAGGCAUAAAUCCUGUGACAGCAGUUGCAAAUGGUGAUUCUCAAGCACGUGCAACGAGGCCAGCUCAAAAUUUUGGAAGAUUGAAAGCCCAUAGGGUUAAAGCUCUGGUAAAAAAGGCUUCUUCCACAAAGCAAGUCAUCAACCAACACGAUCAUCACAAACAACUUGUUGAUGACACAUCUUUCUGUGGAUCUGUUAGUUCCCCUCCUGAUCCUGCAAUCAUAGGGGGAAAGAACAAAGAUGCUAUGAGACAUGAAGGAAGUGUUUCAAUAGCUACCAAAACACAAGAAACCGGAGAAGCUAUGCAAAUUAGACCCUCACAAUCUCACAAGCCUAACAUUGAAGUAUCUGCACCUGAUCAUUCAGGUUCAAGAGUCUCUGUUACUCCCUCCAAAGGAUGGGGCAACGUGGAAUUUGUACACGGAAGCAAAUUUAAACCACCGAACCUUCUAAAGCAACAGCGGUUGCGGUCAUUUAGCAGUGAUUUUUUCAGUCAGAAAACCUUCAAGGUGCUGGGAUGCAGUGACAAUAUGAUUGAGUCUCUGAGAGAACAGUUGUUCCUUCGUCCUUCGCAUAUUCAGGCAAUGGCGUUUGCUCCUGUGGCUGAGGGAAGAAGCUGUAUUAUAGCUGAUCAGAGUGGAUCAGGAAAGACAUUGGCUUAUCUUGUCCCAGUAAUUCAGCGUCUUAGGCAAGAAGAGCUCCAAGGACUAAGCAAAUCCUUUUCAAAAUGUCCUCGAGUUGUCAUAUUGGUACCAACUGCUGAGUUAGCUUGUCAGGUUUUAAAUAAUUGUCGAUCGAUGUCAAAAUUUGGGGUUCCAUUCCGAUCUAUGGUUGCAACCGGUGGUUUUCGACAAAGGACUCAAUUGGAAAAUCUUGAGCAAGAUGUAGAUGUUCUAAUAGCAACACCUGGUCGUUUAAUGUUCCUAAUCAAUGAAGGCUUCUUGCAGUUUACAAACCUUAGAUGUGCUGUCUUGGAUGAGGUAGAUGUACUCUUUAGAGAUGCAGAUUUUGAACUAGCGCUACAGAAGUUACUUAACGCUUCACCUGUUAGUACGCAAUAUAUCUUUGUAACUGCGACUUUACCAAUAGAGGUGUUCAACAAGGUAGUUGAAGUUUUUCCUGAUUGUGAAGCAAUUAUGGGACCUGGUAUGCAUCGUAUAAGCCCUCGGCUUGAAGAGGUUCUUGUAGACUGCAGUGGAGAUGAUGAAGCAGAAAAAUCUCCAGCUACAGCAUUUCUUAAUAAGAAAUCGGCUCUUCUACGGCUUGUGGAGGAAACUCAAGUUUCCAAAACAAUUGUCUUCUGCAACAAGAUUGAGACAUGCAGAAAAGUUGAAAAUGCAUUGAAGCGCUUUGAUAGGAGAGGAGAUUUUAUGCAAGUUUUACCAUUUCAUGCUGCUUUGGCACCAGAACUACGACUUGCAAAUAUGAAAUCGUUCCUCAAUUCUCAACCUGAAGAAGCAUCUCUGUUUUUGGUUUGCACUGACAGAGCAUCAAGGGGGAUUGACUUUGCCAAUGUGGAUCGAGUUGUACUCUUUGACUUCCCUCGGGAUCCAAGUGAGUAUGUACGUCGGGUUGGUAGAACUGCAAGAGGUGCCAGUGGAAGGGGAAAAGCGUUCAUCUUUGUUGUUGGCAAGCAGGUUUCACUUGCCCGGAGAAUAAUGGAAAGAAACAAGAAAGGCCACCCGUUGCAUGAUGUGCCCAAUAUGCAAAUAACCUGAUGAGUUAGAACUGCGUUAUAUAUGAGGAAAGUAACCUCUUCUGGCAGUUCUAAAGUUCAACGCUUCUAUAUUGGAUAUUAUCGACCAGGCAGCAAAUAUCUGCAAGCAGCAUAAUGUUUAAUGCAUUGCGGGAAUUUUUGGAAUACUGUUGUCCUACCCUACCCUCUGUAAUAUGCUGUUUAUAUGUAUUUGAUUAGAAAAAUCUCUAGUUUUUGAAUUGAAGAUAAAUAUUCAGUUGUGUAGAAGUCUGUCACACAUUUCAAUAGUUAUUUAUUUGAUUAAAUUAGUGUUGCCGAUAUUACAUUAUUUGCAAAAUUUAAUUUGAUAUUUAUAAAUUCUCUGUUUGGCCUA